AUGUACCAACGUAUCGCUUGUAUCCCAACGGGAUAUCAUCGCGGAGACCAAAGGUUUCCCGACAACGUCGCACAACCAAGCUUGAGAGGAUGGCGUUGCGACUUGACGGCACUUUCGCGUCGAUACAAUCUCUAUUUCCUCGCCUCUGUCGAUGAGGUUCAUGUCUAUCAACCCAGUUUUCCUGAUCAGAACUUACCUAGCGAGGCUGAGCUUGUCCUACAUCCGCCCAAAACUGGUGUUGUUGGACAAGGGAUUGACCCUUCAAACCCUCACUCUAUUACCCGUAUCAUUGUUGAUUAUCUCGGCAAUGAAGAGAUUCUUCUUCUGGCCUGUGACGAUGGUGACGUUGUCGGAUAUAGAAUUCAAGAUAUCCAACGAGCACUCGAACACAGGACCAAUUUGCAAGAGCCUAUCAACGACGAUAGCAUUCAUGUGUUCCUCCACCGUAACGUAGGUGCGAGUGCAUGGGGCUUAGCGGUGCAUCGGGAGGCCCGCAUCAUUGCAAUUAGUGCGAACACUCAUCGUAUCACCAUCAUUGCGUAUGCGCUCGUUUCUAGUAUCGACUUGGACAUCUCAGACCAUGAUACCCACGGAAUUUCACCGCCUGUUCGUAAUUUCCCAUAUAGCAGGCAAAAAGAUGAUGUUUUUACUCUCUCAGCGACAAACAACAUCCCUGCGCUGUCGUUCUACGGCGAUUCCGGGCGUUGGCUUCUGAGCAGUUGUAUCGAUGGCAAAACUCAACUUUGGGACUUGACUUCGAGAGAAGAGGUAGCCACGUUUCAGCUGGGCUGGUGCGCAAGCGCGAGCGAUCUCUCGACGCCGCCUCGUUACUUUCGCCACAGAUUUCUGUGCGAAUGCCCAGCCGCUCAGAAUGUACUUCAUGGCGCCUGGGGUACUAUAGCACUGGAUAUACGAUCGGCGUAUGAGUUGUCCCCAGCGGAAGAAUCCACUCCAGUUGCCAGUACGGCCGACUUUAUGGACAUCACCAAUCAGAAGGAACGCUUCCGAGUUUCGAACAGCACCUCUCCAUUUUCCGAGUCUAGCGAAAGUGAAUACGGUUCGGAGGCCGCAGAUGAUGGAGACGACGGUACAGAUAACGAACAACCCGCACAACCUUUUGCGCAAUUGAUCCAAGCUAUGGCAGGCGAGCUUCAUGACGGCGACACUGCACAACCGCUCAUUCAACAUGAGUCUCACCUGCAUAUGUUAGAUCAACUGGGAAUAUUUUAUGCGGCCCAACCCGUAAUCAAAAGACCUUAUCGCGUAGUGAAGCAUCCAAGACAGCUCACACAACUCAGUGGCACCGAUGUCAUCAUUGCUCCUUUUUUGAUCUUUACGAAGGAGGACAUUUUUCUCGUUCAGGGCUCACACAAGACAUCCAUGAACUAUACCCUCAAUCAAGUUACUGCUAUGCAGCGACCACUACAUCCGGGCCGAUGGGUAGAGGCUCUCACCUCUCAAGAUCGACACUGCUUCUUUUCUCAGGUACCCGAGCUAGGCAUCUUCAUAGUCGGAUCUCCGAUUGGCCAUGCUGGCGUGUUCAGCUUAUGUUUUACUAAGCGCGAGGACCACGAACAGCCACGGUAUGGAUUCAAGCUCGAGUAUUUGUUGCCUUUCCACAAAAGCGAUCAGACAAAAGUUACUGGAGUGCCACAGGGACGACUGCUUGGUAUAGCUGUAGCACCCAUACAAGGCAUGUUUGACGUUCCAAGAGACACUGAAGCGUUGGAACAAAACAAAGAGACACUGCAACCAAGGCGAUGGCGCUUGUUAAUGUACUACAUGGAUCACACCGUAUUGAGCUUUGAGCUGUCGAGGAUGAGAGUGGACGAGUCACCGUCCUUGAGCGAUAUCGUUGUUUAG